AAAUAAAAAAAAAAAAACAAUACAACAACAACAAUGAUUGUUGUAUUACUAUUUUAUUAAAAUUAAUAUUCAUCAAAAGUGUAUUUAUCUCAAGAUUUGUUGACAAGUAUAAUUGCACAAUUAUUUUUUGUAAACAUGUGAUAUUGAAGUGUCAAAUUAAAGUGAAGUUAAUUAUAUAAAAAAAAAAUUACAAAACUGUUAUUUUUUUUUUCUCUUUGACAUUAUCUAAUAAUAAAUUUAUUUAUUUAUUUAGGAUAAAAGUAUGAAUACUUUAAUUUGUGUUUCAAAAAAUUUGACAUUAUUACUUGAAAAUAAAAAUAAUAUAAAAACAAUAAUAAUGUUAAUUAGAAAAUAUUGUAAUGAAAAUAAUAAUAACAACAAUAUCAAUGAUAAUGAUAAUAAUGUUAAGUCAAAAAGACCACUUGUCAAGGUGACUGACAUUGAUUCAGAGACAGAUUUAUUGGAGGAACCAACAACUUGUUGUAUGUCUGGAUGUACAAAUUGUGUUUGGAUUGAAUAUGCUGAUAAAUUAAGUGAAAAAUUAAAAAAUAGCAAUGAUGAUGUACAAAAAAUUAUUAUGAAUAAAAUACAAGAUCCUAAUAUGCGUGCAUUUUUAUCAAUGGAAUUAAAAUGUCGUAAAUUUAAUAAAUAAAUUAUUAAAUUAUAGAUCAAAGAAAUGUAUUAAUAGUAUAGUUUUUUUUUUUUUU